CAGUGCCUCCUGCUACCACCGCUUUUAUUUCAGACUUUCUUGAAUCAUUUCCCAGGUUGGGUUCGGGGGAAUCGGGAUUCGGGAUUCGGGAGUCGAAAACAGGGCAGUGCGGGCGAGGCGACUCUAUUACUGAGCUCUGCCUCCUAAAUAUUUAACUUGGCAGAGCUUCCCAGAACUAGCGUAACGCGGGGGCACAAAGUAAGGCGCGCGACACAGAACCUCAACCCCAGACGCGACCGAGUCCUGGGACUACUCCCCUCCAUCGCCACUGCUGUUACCAGUACUCUAUCUUUGCUUCUUUGAGCAGACUGACUUACGCUAUACGCGCAGCCAUGGUCGACGGGACGGCGGACCACAGCCUACCCGAGCCUGAGGUUCAGUUGGAGGCUCAGACCGAGGCAGUCCCGGAGUUUGCGGCGCUUGAGAGCUCGGCGAACGGCGCAGGGGAGGGAAACGGGGAGGUCGGGAAGGGGGAGAAAGGGAAGGAGGAGGCGACGGCAGACGUCCCCGUGCUUCAGGAUUGCGGCGGGGAGAGCAGUGACGAGGAAGGGGACGGGGGGAAAGGGGGGAAGGCUGGAAGAGACUCCAAGGCUGCUCCUGAUGCCCCUGAUGCUGCUGUAGCUGCUGGUUCUGGUGCUGCUGUUGCUGCCAGUGCUGCUGGUGACGGUGGCGGUGAUGGCGGCAGCAACGGCGAGCUCGCCGUGGUUCCCCCGGACGUUGUGGUGGAAGAGCCUCCCAAGACCAUCCGCGGCAGCUACCGCGCCAUCAUCACGGCGUUCGCGGUGCUGGGGUGGACGGCGUUCGGGGGGCCGUCCGCACACAUCGCGCAGUUCCACAAGGACUUCGUCGAGCUGCGCGGGUGGAUGUCUGACGAUGUAUUCGCAGAGCUGCUAGCACUGUGCCAGACGGUGCCGGGCCCGUCGUCGACGCAGAUGUCGUUUGCCAUCGGCAUUCUGCAGAAGGGCAUCUCGGGCGGGCUGCUCUCGGGCAUCCUCUUCCAGUACCCCGGCCUCCUCAUCAUGAGCCUCGCUGGCUUUGGCGCCGCCAAGUUCCUGGUCGACCCGGGCGUGUGGCUGACGGCCAUAUCAGCGGGGCUGGCGGCGGUGGCUGUGGCGCUGGUGGCGGAGGCGGCAGUGAUGCUGGGGAAGAAGGUCUGCAAGGACCGCGUGUCCAAGGUGCUCUGCGUGGCCGCGGCGGUUAUUACAUUCUACUACCAGACGCAGUGGCUCUUCCCCACCAUCAUCCUCGUCGGCGGGCUCAUCACGGUCAUCAUCGGGCACAACAAGCCCAUCCCCGCUGCGCGCAGCGACAUCGAGCGGCUGGGGGUGAGCUGGUGGGGCGGCGUGCUGCUGCUGCUGACGUGGGCGGCGCUGCUGGUGGCGUCGGUCGUGGUGAGGAACGCGGUGCCAUACGAGAGCGCGCAGUGGAUGCACUGGUUCGAGGGCUUCUACGUCACUGGCUCGGUCACGUAUGGAGGCGGGCAAGUGGUGCUGCCCCUGCUGGAGAACGUGGUGGUGCACUACGACUGCCCCAGCAACGGGGAGGCGUGCACGGAGUCCCCCAAUACUUGGGUGACCCAGCAGCAGUUCAUGGCGGGUCUGGCUCUUGCACAAGCCAUGCCCGGCCCUCUCUUCAACUUCGCCGCUUACCUCGGUGCCAUUAUCGGCAAGUUCUCGGGCAUAGCGGCGUGCUGGCUGGGGCUCUUCUCCCCAGGUAUCCUGCUUAUCUAUGGCAUCUUGCCCUUCUGGGGGCGGUUCAGGAAGUGGCACAUCUACAAGCGAGCAACACCAGGAUUCAACUCCACUGCUAUUGGUCUGAUCUGGGCGUCAGUGUUCACGCUGGGGCUGCAGACAUACUCCAAGAGCCCCUUCCCCAUGGCAUCGCUCUGCAUUGCCAUGAUCGGCUACGCCGCCACCAACUUCCUCAAGAUCCCAGCACCACUGGCAAUUAUUGGAGGAGGGGCGCUGGGAGCGGUGGCGCAGGCAACUCACAUGCACUGACAGAUGCACACUCAUGGCAUCUGGCCUAACCUGUCAACUGACGCCACACUCACUGGAAGAUGUCCAAGGAUCCACUGACAGAUGCACACUCAUGGCAUCUGGCCUGGCCUGCAUCAGCAGGAAACACAUGUGGGUGUGGCGUGGCAAACUUGCGGCACGGAGUCGCCGUCAGUACUUGACAUGUGCAUCAAGAAUGCAAGGGGCUUCUGACAUACGGAUUCUGGUGUGGCAGCAAGGUGAAGAUGUGAAAACUUUAUAUUCAGUAACUCUGUUUUCUAAGUUAAAGCGAGAGACUAUAAUAGUGAACCCCCUUUCUAGUUGGGUCCAACU